AAAUAUUAACUAAAAUACAUUAAUAUAUCCCCAGGCCUAUGCUAGGCUAUGCUUGGGGUCCUCAAUAGGCCCGCCGCCCAAAAUGACAUCAGGAAUUUUUUCCAUCCGUCCCCCGUCCCCCCGCAUCUCUACCCUAUCAUCACCCGCCCUCACAUCAAAAAGGUCAGAUCUCCGCCAUUUCUCAAAAUGAUGUACAACAUUGCACAUGAAAAUAGCAUUCAUUUUAAAGGAAACUUAUAUUUUUCUUAUGAUUAGUAUAGUAAAAUAAAAAAAUGCAAAAAAUGCUACUUCAUCUCCCUUUAAAAAUAUUUUAAUAACACCAAGCCAAGCAGAUCGUCGAAAAAUACUUAAAUACGGUAGCCUACACACUCCCACCUCGUUUUUUUUCUUUGUUUCCAUGUCUAAGCCGAGAAACUAAUAUUCUUUUUUCCUUAAAUUAAGCGUAAAUUGAAACUAUCAUUAAAAUAUAGAUCUACAAAAACAGGGCUUAGCCUAGGAAACAAAUGCGAAAACAAAAUUUUAAUGAUGAGGUCAUUGGUCGCUAGGCUUGGCGCUUAUUUCAAAACAAUAACGACCAACUUCCGCCUGUACUUCCGUGUAAUUUUGCAGUUGUGAGUUUGUGAAGAGGGUUCCAUAUAAAAUAUAAAAAAUGUCGUCAAUGGCAUCUAACAUUAAGAAAGCUGGAUCUGUGCUUAGGAAGUCAUUUCGGUCGCGAAACUAUUCUAUGUUUGAUAUAAAAGAAAACGAGCACGCACACAAGUCAAAUGGCAGUGGAGAUAGCAGUGUCAAAACGCCUAAAGAAAAUUUUCGACAGCGCACACUUGAAUCAACUAGCAGUAGCUCCGGUGAUGAGUUUGAUUUGGAUAAACCAUCUACUGACCAGAAAUCGAUUACUUUAAAAAGAUCUAAAGUUACGCAGUCAAUGCGGGACGCGGUUGGAACUAUUAGACAGAAACUGAGGAUGUCAACAAGAAGAAGUCGACUUCACACAACACCAACCAGAGUUGGAAAACGAAGGCACACAUUGGGAGGCAAUGAUGUUAAGAUGUCAUCCCCAUUCAAGAUUGACACCCCUUCUAGAUCUACAAGAAACAGUCAAAAAACAUGUUUAUCGAUAGAAACUCCCACAAGACUUAGACGUGAAGUUGAAGCUCUUACAGCUAAUAUGCAAGCACUGAGUGCCCUUACACCAAAUACACUGCAUAAUAGAACAAGAGGGAGUACCAGGAAAACUCCUCCAUUGACGAAUGGUAGUUUGAAGACACCAAGAUCAAUUAGACGACGAAUCACCACAGACAUUUUUUAAAUAUGCUCAGGUGUUGUCAGACUUCUGCCAGGUAGUUUCUGCACCAAAAUAAUGUAUCCUCCAAAUAUUAUUUAUGGAGCUAUAUUAUUGUACUGAAAGAUUUUCCCCAUUAUGGACUUGUCAAGACAAUCAUUUUGGUCAGAAAAACAGUUGUUGUCUUAAGAGUUACCCUGUCAUGUUUAAAUGAAACAGAAACAAAUCUAUAUUAUUUACAGUAUUAUAUUUUAUUUGAUAAAUUACAAGUUAACAUGGAUUUUUCAUAACAAAAUUUUAAAUAUUGAACUGUGUUCAAAAAAUCAAUUUUUAUUUGUUUAAUUUAA